UCUCUCUCUCCUGUGUCUCUGCUAUUCUUUCUGUGAGCAAUGACAAAUGAUCUGAUUCUUCCGUCCGAAUGUGCCGCGCCGCCGGCGUCAUUCGUCGUCGCUGCUGUCUCCGGUGAUGACGACUGCAGUAUUUGUCUGGAGCCGUUCAGCUGCCGCGAUCCUCGCACUGUACGUUCUCCAUUUCUCGAUGGAAGCUACAUUCCGUCGCCGAAUGUACGCAUGGCUAUCAUUUGCAGUGUAUACUUGAAUGGUAGGCUCCAUCAUUGUAAACAUAGGUCUCAAAGAAGCAAAGAAUGCCCUAUUUGUUGUAGGCAGCUUGUCUUCAAGGAUUCUGCCAGCCAAGAACUGUUAGCUGCAGUGGAGUUUGAGAGGAAUGCAACAUCAAGGCACAUUGUGCAUAGAAUUCCUGAAGUAUAUGAAGCCAACAAUCUGGUUGAUGUGGGUGCUUCUCACAUUGAUGAUUCUGAUUUUCAAGAUAGGAUUCUGCACCAUCCCUCAGGCUCAGGUGUUACCAACAGAGCAUGUUCUGGUAACAGUAGGAGACGGCAGAUAUCUUCAAGAGUUGGUCAGGCAUCUUUUCCUGUUGGAGCUAGUUCAGAUAGGCACCAAGUGACUCAAAGGCCAGUUGACGAAUUUGGGAAUGGUCUACCGGCUUCUGGGAUUUCAUCUACAUCUUCUUCAGGUGUUUCAUCUGUUGCAAAUGUAGCAUCUGGUGCUGCUGUCUACAAAGGUGGUUCAGUUGGCCUCGGCAAACCAUCACCUGAGAAUCCCCAGAAACAAACCCCAUCUGAGUUUCUUCACCUUCCAGUGUCUAUAAAAUCUAAAUUGUUUGCUGCUUCACCCAGGUACAAUGAAUCAUUCUCUAAAAACACGCAAAGGUUCAAAUGGAAAUUACAAGCUAAUAAUAACUCUGUCAAGGAACUUGGCAGAGAAGUGCAGCGUGAGAUGAGUGUAAGCAUUGCUGGUUUGGCCAAAAUGGCUGAACGACUUGAUCUUAGCUCAAAUAAGGGUAGUGGUGUUUCAGGUCCUCUAUGCUACGCAAUGGGAAGGGAACCUCAAACUUUAGGCAGAAAGGAAAACCUCAGCAAGAGUGUAUAAUUUCUAAGUUGCAUGAUGUUUAUAAAUUAUAAUUGGUAGUCAUCUACAAGGACUAAUAGAACCCCUUUAUUCUCCAAGACUCCAACAUAAUUCCAAGUCAACCCUGAAGGUUCUGGGGGGCAGGUAUACAAAUUUUUUGUAGUAAAAAUAUCCAGUUGUUUAAAUCUUGAAGAACCUCCAUAUUGUUGUUAUUUCAAUAACUUGGAGAUGCCUGGUUUUUCUCCAAAGUUUUAGAACAGUUUCACCUUUUUUCCUAAAUAUGCAGUUGUACAAAGCAUCAAGUUAUUUGGUUUCAACUAGCUAAUGUUUU